AUGAAGGAGAGGGGCGUGGCCUGGAUCCGGGUGGUGGGGGCGGAGGGAAAAGGGACUAGAAGCUUGAUCGACCAGACCCGGGCGGCCAUGGCCGAGCACUCGAUGUCGCCGUUGGGGCCCGGCGGGUCCGGGCUGCGGAGCUACCGCCUGGGCCCGGGGGCUCCCGCCGGACCCCCCGCCCACGGGCAGCAUCUGCUCCGGUCCCUCCCCCCGCCGCCCUCCGGCUCCCUGCCGCCCUACGGCCCGGCCGGCCCGCAGCUCCUCCCGCCCCGCCAGCAGGGGCCGGGGCCCGGGGGCUACGGGGGCCCGGGGCCGGCGCAGGUGUCCUUCCUGGGGGCGCCGCCGCCCAGGACCGGCCCGCCCCCGCAGAAACUCCACCCGCAGUUCCAGGGCCACCCGCUGGCGGGGGCGGGCGGGGGCCUGGCCGUGGGCCCGGGCGGGGGCGUGGGCCCCGUGCCCCCGCUCUACCGCGGGCCCUUGGCUCCCGGGCCCUUCCACCUGCCGCAGCAGCCGCCGUCGGCGCCGCCCCUGCCCGCGCUGCCUCUCAACCUAAUGGACACGGAGCUCGUGGACGAGGAGGUGCUGACCACUCUGGCCCUGGAGCUGGGCCUGGACCGCGAGCAGGAGCUGCCCGAGCUCUUCCUGGGACAGAACGAGUUCGACCUGGUGACGGACUUGGCCGGCAAACAGCAGGCCGGCGCCGUCAGGUGCUGAGCGGGCCGCGGGGAAAGGGGGGCGGCCCGGCCGGCCCCCCUCGGACCCUCGGGAGAGGACCCACCCUCCCGGAAGAAUGAAGCAGCGCCACGGUAUCCGCGAAGCGCUUCCUACGGGCCAAGCCCUGUCCUAAACGCUGGGGGAGAGACGAGG